AUGCCUCCCCUCCUCCGCUCCCCCGCGCCGCCGUCCGCCGGUGUCUUCUGCCGGCGGCGGAAAAGAAUGCGUGCGCGUGCAUCGUGGCAGGAGCUGGCGGGCGUGCUGGUGUUCUCCGCCGUCCCCUUCACCGCCGUCAAGGCCAUCGCCAACAGCCCCCUCGGCGCCAGCCUCCGCCGCCGCCUCGAGUCCAGGAAGGCCUCCGCCGCCGCCGAGGCAGACGCCCUCCGCGCCGCCGCCCGCGAGGCCCGCAGCUCCAGCUUUUGGUACGGGGGAGCUCGGCCGCGGUGGCUCGGUCCUCUCCGGUACGACUACCCGGAGCACCUGGUCGGAGAGUUCCCGGGCGAUUACGGCUUCGAUAUAGCAGGUCUGGGCCGGGACCCCGUUGCUUUCGCCAACUACUUCAACUUUGAGAUUUUACAUUGUCGAUGGGCCAUGCUUGCUGCUCUUGGUGUUGUUGUUCCUGAGCUGUUAGAUCUAUUUGGGAUAGUGCAUUUUGUGGAGCCUGUGUGGUGGAAAGUUGGUUAUGCAAAACUUCAGGGCGAUACUCUUGAUUACCUUGGGAUUCCUGGGUUCCGAAUUGCUGGUGGUCAAGGCAUCAUCGUCAUCGCUAUCUGUCAAGUCCUUUUGAUGGUUGGGCCAGAAUAUGCGAGAUACUGUGGGAUCGAGGCGCUAGAACCCUUGGGAAUAUAUCUUCCUGGGGACAUAAACUACCCAGGUGGAGCACUGUUCGAUCCCUUGGGGCUGUCCAAAGACCCUGUUGCGUUCGAAGAACUCAAGGUGAAGGAGAUCAAGAAUGGUCGUCUCGCAAUGGUUGCAUGGAUCGGAUUCUACGCCCAGGCUGCUGUAACCGGCAAGGGCCCUGUGCAGAACCUCGUCGAGCACUUGUCGGAUCCACUCCGCAACAACGUUUUAUCCCAUUUUCUUUGA